UUGGGAGUGGGUGGAAGCCCCCCCCCCCAAAAAAAAGACCAAAAACCAAACAAGGCCUUUUUAUACAUCCUUAGUGUUUGACUCACCCGCACACCACAACUCUCACUCCUGCUUAAACACACAUACCCCCCCCUCUCUCUCUCUCUCACACACACACACACACACACACACACAUACACACACACACACACACACUUCCUUACCACGACUGUUUUGUGCACUUACUCCGUUAAGGCCUCCCAGCCCUAUAUGCUAUUUCUAGCUUCCUGACCUCAACUAAAACACACACAUCUAAAAAUUUGAAGCUGAGAUCCUCACAUGAGAGAAAGAGAGAGAGGCAUUUGUCCUUCUAGGCCUGGGUUACCUCUGUAACCAUAUUCUUGCUUACGUACUCUUCAGUUCCAUCUAUUUUCUAGAAAACGUCAGAAUUUCCUUUUCCUGACAUCUACACAAACUGCCACUUGUGUGUGUCUAGGCUGAUCUCCUGCCCUAGCCGCGGUCAGCUGAGCAGCAGGGAUCCCUGUGGUAGGCUGUAGAACCCUUUGGGUGUAUACCCAGAAGUGGUACAGUUGGGUCAUAUGACGGUUCUAAGUUAAGCUCUGGGGGACACCUCCACACAGAGUGCCACCGGUUUACAGUCCCACCAACAACCCGUACUCUCCUCGGCAUAGUUCUGAUGAUGGCCAUGCUGACCAAGGUAAGAUAUGAUCUCAAUUUUAAUUUACAUUUCCUCGAUGCCUGGCCACCCUUUCAGCAUAGAUGUUGUAAAAAAUCAUAUUUUUAAAAUGAAUUCCAGAACUUGCUUUGGAGCAAACUUAUUUUAACUUACUUAUGUGCCUCCUUUCAGACUUCAUACCUGGGUUUUGUUUAGCCCCACUAUUCACAGGAUUUUUAACUUUCCCAUACUUUCUGCAUUGUGAAAUCUUCCCAUGUUAAGUACAAAAAAAGGAGAGGUGUUGGAGUGAGGUGUCACAAUGAACGAGGGCAUUUUCAUCAAAGCAGUUAGAAACAUGUUGAUGUUCGUGUGUCUUUCUAAUUUCUGUAUAACUAAUUACUGGCUACAAAAAAAAAAAAUCUUUAAAAUUUCCUGAGGAUUUGCUAAAGUUGAACAUGAGAGAGGCUAAGGAACGCCACCUUUCCCAGCACAGGACUUGAAAAUUGCUGGCUUACGUAAAGCAAAACAAACUUGGCUUCAGCGUCUAAGCCUUUCUUGGCAGACGGCAGCUUUGUGUCAGUCACCUCUUCCCAGCGACUCGGCGCCGAGACCCUCGAGGGGAGGCAGCAACUGCCUCCCACCGCCGGCAAAAGAAACCCACCCAGAACCUGAGUCCAGGAAACCGAGGGAAGGAGACUGGGGUCCGAGAGUCCUCCUGCAGCAAAGACCGAGCCUGGCCACUGGAGCGCGCCACUGAGCAGGGACACGGGACCUGUGGGGCGUGGUGGCCGGCCUGUGUUGUCAUCCCUAUGGAGAUGGGGCUCUCUCCCUGCCCCACCUGCCACCCCAGGCUGGGAUCUGGAGAACUGCCUCUCCUUUUCCCUGCACAGUGCCAAGAGGAGUCUGCCGCCACCGCCACCGAGCUCAGCCCCUUGGCCACUUCCCGGAGUUCCUAGAAGUGGAAGAAAGUAAUUUGCUGAGAUGUCACUCAGGAAUUUUCCCCAGGAAAGUCUGGAAGUAGAGAGCUUCCACACGAGGUUCAGUGCCUGGACUCCGUUUACCAACCAGUCCUUAAACAGACAGCUCUUUCAAGAAAGAGUUACUCUCAUAACUCACUGGUUUGGCCUCUGGACCAACAAGCAACGGCGGGAAUUCUUAUUCACAAUUCUUUCACAAUGCUCUAAAUCACAACUAAGGUUCCUGCAAGACUGGUUUUCAGAAAGGCAGCAGGUGGCCAGAGUGGAUUUCUCGACAGUGUUACCGCGCUCCAUUUCUCUGUAUAUCUUUUCCUUUCUGAGUCCGAAAGACCUGUGUGCAGCUGCUCAAGUCAGCUGGCCCUGGAAGUUUCUAACAGAACAGGAUUGCUUAUGGAUGCCCAAAUGCACUAAGUUUGGAUGGUUUCUGCCGUAUACGCCAACACAGAAUGAAUACGGAGCUUGGAAGCACCAUUACAUUGCUUGUGUGUCCAGCUUGGACUGGCUAACGCCCAGGGAGGCUGCUUCUGUGUAUGGAACACUGAAUGAACCCAAACCAGAAGAUGAGGAGUUCCAGGAGAGGCAAAGAGAAAAGUGCCUGAGAAAAAUCAUUUGGGAGAAUAUUGCAUUCCGGAAGAAGUUGUUAUUCAAAGCUCGACCCCCUUGGCUGAGUGGAACGCGCUCCAGGACACUGAAGUCCUGGAGCCUGCCCCGUGGUCCUCAGAUGGGGAGGGAUGGAGCAGGAUUCUAUGAAGCUUUGGAAAGACAACUUGUUCUGGCAUCUUUAGAUGCUUUGCCUAAGCGAAGCAAUCCCUCUGGAAGUCACUCCUACCCUGUAUUAUUAAAGAAAAGUCACUGUGGGGUUGGUAGGACUGAUGGCAACUCUUCUGGUGCUUUGCAGACACAUGUCAUCCUGAUCUCAUCGCGGCUUCCUGCCUAUGAGAUGGUGGUGGAGAGCGUGAAGGUGGGUGUGGUGACCGUCCUGUACGAACACAGCGGUGUGACCCUGGAGGGCCUGCUUCAUCUCGUAGACAGAGCUCUGCAAGGGCGGAAGGCACAGAGCCUGGGAAUAUUUUGCGGUGGAAACAGCAGAGAAAUUGACUUACUCCAAGGCUAUAAAAUUUGCAUUAAAAAUUUACUGUCGCCUGAAGUGAGGGACUUCUGGGAGAAAUUAGGAAGCUGUGUGGCCACCAAAGAAGAAGGGGGACGUGUAGAUUUCUUUGUGCCUCUUGGAGCAUCAGAGGCAGGCAUGGAAAUCCUUUCUCAGCUGUCUCAACUAACUGGCACAUUCUUCUCGGCCCCCACCGGAAUCGCGACUGGUUCAUACCAACACAUUCUUAGUGACUGGCUGGGGGCACAGCAGGACAGACCACCUCCUUCUAACUACUUCAGUGAGUCCAAGCUACAGGCAUGGUCCAGCUUCACAGACUCCCUGGAAGACACCUUGAAAUCAGUGAGGAAGGAGUUACAUCCACUCUUCAAGAACUUGCAGAAGAGCAUCAGUGGCCGGAUCAUAGGGCAACUUAUGUUUGACGCUCUGAGUAUGGCCAGCAUUCUACAGAACCAAGAUGCUGCACAGACUCUGGCCGAUGGGCUGACGGAGUUGUCAAAAGAAGGCUCUGACAAACCUCUGGAAUUUUUGUCAUAUUUCCUACUGAAGAAAUCUAGUAAAAGGAGCGAGGAAUUUGAAGGAAAUGAUAUCCUGAUAGAACGUGACGUAAACGUAACACCGGAUCCACUCAGGAAGGAAAGAAGUGCUGUAGAAGACAGUUCUCAGGACACAAAGUCAAGUCCAAGCCAAAGCGACCUGAACAUGGAGCUGCUGGUUAAGCUGGAGAGAAAGCUAACGAUGAACUCAGUAGAGAAACGAACCCAAGUUGUGAGGGAGCUUGUACAGAGCGAGAGACGGUAUGUGCAGAUGCUGGGAAUCGUGAGGGAUGUGUACGCCAGGCCCCUGAGGGCAGCGCUCUCCUCAAACAGAGCCAUUCUGAGUGCUGCCAACACACACAUCAUUUUCUCUGAUAUUCUACGCAUCCUAGAUCUCAACAGAGAAUUUCUAGAUAACCUAAGAGACAGACUACAGGAAUGGAGCCCAGCCCACUGUGUGGGAGAAAUAUUCAUAAAGUUUGGAAGGCAGUUGAACACUUAUACCAAUUUCUUCAACAACUAUCCAGUGGUUCUGAAAACCAUCGAGAAGUGCAGAGAAAUGACCCCAGCAUUCCGAGCUUUCUUGAAGAGGCAUGAUAAGACCAUCGUUACCAGAAUGCUGAGCCUGCCAGAGCUGCUUCUGUACCCAUCCCAGAGAUUUGGAGAAUAUAUUCACCUGCUCUACGCUCUGAGACUCCAUACUCCUGCAGGACACACAGACCGUGGGGACCUGACCACUGCAAUUGAUCAAAUCAAGAAAUAUGAAGACUACAUAGAGCAGAUAAAGGAAAACAUCAACAUGAAAGAGCAGCUGUCCGAUGUACAGACGAUCAUCUCGGGGUGCCCUACCCUAUCAGGAGUAAACAGAUACCUGAUUAGGAUCCAAGACAUAGUUCAACUUCAUUGCUGUGGGGAAACAAUGGACUUCUCUUUAAGGCUCUAUGAAGAGACCCGAGACCUCAGCCUCUUCCUCUUCAAUGAUGCACUGCUUGUUACCAGCCGGAGCACAUCUCAUACUCCAUUUGAAAGGACUUCUAAAACAACCUACCAGUUCAUUGCAUCAGUGGCCCUUCCCAGGAUACUCGUAGAAGACAUUCCAGACUCCAAAUAUGUCAAGAAUGCAUUCAUUCUUCAAGGUCCAAAACGUGAAUGGAUCUGUGCUACUGAGGUGGCGGAUGAUAAAUUCCUUUGGUUGUCUAUACUCCAAACUGCAAUCAGAAGCAGUAUGAAGUAAGACUAGGUUCAAAACAGACAAGAAGGUUCUUGGAAAUUCAUAUGCCAUGUUUUUUGCUUCAGAACAUCUAGUGAGAAACAGGGAUCAGUCAUGGAUGCUGAGGAGAUGGAUGAGCUAGGACCAUCUGUGAGGUUCCUUUCAACUUUUAAAAUGUAUGAUUAAACUAUGUGGGGUGUCUAAGAACAAGUCUAAAAUUUUGAACCACAUCUUUCGGUAGCUACUGCUCGUAAGCAUUAUUUAAAACAAUUUGACAUGAUGAGCAAUGAGAAAAAACGUGUAGGAUUUUAAAAAUGAGUAGUGAAAAAUCAGAAUGAACGUUUCUUUUAUGAGCAUUCUAGAAUAAUACUUGAAUUUUGGGAUUCACCAAUCAACUUUUUUCAUGAAGCAAUUAAUAAUUUUAAGGAUAUGUCUGAGAAACAGAAAUAGCAGCUUUCUUAAGCACACUGUCAAACAAUGUGAAUGUGCCUCUUUUAAAGGCAUUAGAAUAUGCCAUUUCAAAGUACUAAAAAGUUUGGCGAGUUUUGUUUGUUUUCUAUAAUUCUUACUUUUUGCUUUAAGAUCAAUUCUUGGAUCUUCCAAAUAACCUUAAAAAAUUUUUUUAAACAAUACUAUUAGAAAUGCAGUGGUGGGAAAAUGUAAUUUUUAAGUACCAAAAAUGAAUGAAUGGGACUGGAGAUAGAGCUCAUUGGUUAAAAGCACUGG